AUGGAUUGGGAGUAUUUAUUUUCACGUUCUCCUGAAGACUUUACAGAAGAAGAAAAAGAUGAUUUGUACAAUACAGUGACGUGGUAUAAUUGUGACGGUGAAAACUUAGAUUUAAAAAAGUGUAUUCGACUCAUUAAAGUGAGUCAAGAAGUUCUAAAAUAUAAAGGGGAACAAGUGGAAAUUUUGUUACACAAAUUGGACGAAUUGGCGACUCAGCAAGGUGAAGAAGACAUCAAGAAAUUGGAAUCGGACACAGACGCCAGAAGUUCGAAGUCACGUAAAUCAAGUUCAUUGGAAUUUGAAAAUUUAGAGCAAAAAUAUCUGGAAUUGAAGAGUAAAUACAAGAAACAAGUCCGCUUGAAUGAGAAAAAUUCAGCUGAAUUUAAUAAACUUCAAAAGAAGGUUGCAAAUUUGGAACAGGAGCGGAGUCGUUUGAUCAAUGAAUUGCAAGUGAUCAAUCAAGAGGACAAUCAGUCGGAUGUAUCUGAAACGGUCAAAGAGCAGCACAAAGAGCUUGUCAACGCACUACACAACAAGAACAAACAAAUUUCAGAUCUCUUGCGCGACAUAGAGGUGGCGGAAAAAGAAAACGUAAUUUUACGCGAAAAGCUCGAAACCGUCAGAGACGAACUCGCAGUUGCUACAAAAGAGUUAACAAUGCUGACCGAAAAUUUGAAAGCUACGAAAAUACAACAAAACGAAUCUUCAGAAAAUCUCACACGUGUUUUGGCCGAAAACGAAAAUCUUCGCGACGAACUUCGCGAAAUUCUGGAACAGAAGCAGAAUUUUGAGCGCGAGAUGGAAGAAUUCACCGAAGAAGUGAAUGUGCGUGUGGACGAAUGGAAGAAAAUAUUGGAAGAAAAAGAGAAGGAAAUUACCGAUCUUAGGUCCCGUCAAAUGCAGUCAAGUCACCAUUCGUCGCUGUCGAGUUUGCCACAAGAUAACGAACCGCAAGUUGCACUGUUGAAUAAAAUUUUGAACGAAAGGGAGAAGCAGCUGAUGGAAGUGAAGACACAACUGCACGAAGCCGUGAAAGAAAUGGAGGAAACCACCACAAUAAUUAAAAGUUUGAAGGAAGAAAAGGGUGAUGAUGGUCGGAAAAUCGCCGAUUUGUCCGAAUCUGUGAAGGAGUUGAAGAAGCAAUUGAAGACGGCUCAUAAACGCGCCCAGGACUUGCAACAAGAGUUGUCCCACGUUGAAAAACUGAUCGGAGAGAAAGACGAUGAUAUUAAAGACAUUUUGUUUAAACUUAAAGAUGAAGGACAAACGGAUUUAUCGGAAUAUUUGACUCAAAUUCAACAUCUCAAAAGUCAGAAUAGAGUUAACGAGAAACAAAUCAUGGAUUUGGUUAAAACUGCGAAUAAAUUGCAAGACUCGUGUGAUCGUUACGAGAAAGAAAAUCAAGCGUUAAGAGACAGACUGGGAAUUACACCUGAUGAAGUUAUAAACAUAUCGGGCGUCAUAGCUAAACAGAAACAACAGAAAAGAGAAAUAUCUUCGUUGAAAAAACAAAUCCAAAAAUUGGAAGAGGAGAACUUAGAAAUUCGAAUGCAAAUCCAUAAACAGAAACAAACGCCGGAACAACUUGACUCAGGCAGGUCGCAAGACGAAGACAUUUCGACUAAAAAUCAAAUCAAAGCUUUAGUUGAGGAAAACGAGGCGUUGAGGAAAGGAAUGCACGAAAUUUUAGACAGUUUGAAUUCGAGAAAAGAGACAAGUUUGAAGGAGGUAAAGUCUGAAACGUUUGAGCAACUGCUAAGAGCCUUGGAUGUUAAGCAUAUUUCGGGAUGGUAUCACCCAGCAAUGCGAUUACAAGCCGAACUGCAUAAUCAGGAAGGAAUCAAUGCAGAACUUAGGGAACAGUUGAGAUUGGCACGGAUUGAAUCACAAUCGGUUAGAAGUGUGUCUGAAAAAAGUGUAGAUAUGGUCGAUUUUAGUCUUUCAAACGUUGUUGCAACGGCCGAUUUAACCACUAUUGCGAACAUACACCAAACACUGCAAGAUCUUUUUAUUAAACUUGACGAAGAUUCGAUGCGGGAUGAGGAAAUCGAGGCUAAGCUCUUGUCAUACAAGGAGAGUUUUGAACAAAUCCGUCAAGAAAUCGGUUUGUUGUACCAGGAAUAUUUAAAUGAGAAACAGAGAGUGACCGAUAAAAUGUCAGAAUAUGAGGAAAAAAUAUUCGAUUUGCAGGAAGCGAAUGAAAUUAAAGAGAAAAAAUUAAGUUUGUUGGCUGAAUCUUCCGAUCAAAAGGUCUCAAAAUCUCUAGAUCUGGCCGAAGAGAAUGUCAUACUCACCCGGAAACGCUCUUAUCUUGAGAACGACAUCAAACGAUUAACAAGUCAGGUCACGAACCUACAAACCGAUUUAGCGAAUGCCGAAACGGCUUGUUUGCGAAAAAUCAACGACCUCUCAAAGAGAAACAAAACUCUAACAAACUCGGUCGAGAUCCUAACCAAUCAAUUGAAAUUUGCGGUUGAUCCGAACGAUCAUGCGGAAUUACGCAAAAAUUUCGAAAGUUUAACACUAAAAUACCGCGACUUAUUGACGAAGUACACUCAAGCCGGCCAAGAUAAAGACUUCCAACUUAAAAUGUUGGAAGAAAUCCGCAAGAAUUUGCAAGUGGAGAAGGCCGAGUUGGAGAAUAAAGUGCUCAAUCUGUCCGAGAAGUUGCACGCAAGUGCCACCGAAAGUGACGAAGGUCUGGCCAAGAAGUUGGCCCAAAGCGAAGCGAACGAACUCAGCGAACGACAAAGAGCCAACCACACCAACAAUUUAUACGAACUGGUGAAAGAACAGUUGCAGAAAUGCGAAGAUCGGUGCAAACAAGUCGACAAAUACAACACGGAAAUUCUGCAGAAGAAUCUCGUCCUGCAGGAGCAGUUAAAGGACGCUGAAAAUAAAUUCGUCAAUUUCAUCGACACAGCGACUUACAAAGCGCUCCAAACGAAAUACAACGAACUGCUGCAAAUUAACACUAAUUUGACUGCGUCCACGGCCGAUUUACAAGAAGAAUUAGCACUGCUGAAAAAGUCUAAUCGGGGAAUCAGCCACUGGAACGCAGAAAAAGAGCAGGAAUUGCUCGACCUCAAGCACCAAAUCGUCGAUUUGCAAGCAAUUUCCGACGAAAAAAUGCAAAUCGCGCGCUUAGGCGCUGAAUUGUCGCAUUCCCGGCUGCAAGAAGCCGAAUACAAGCGCAAAAUCGAGCAAUUAAGCGAGGAAUUGCACGACUGCAACGCGAAAUGCGAAGAACUAACCAAGGAAAUGCAGCGGAAGGCUUUGAACGGUAUUGAGAAAGAAAACGAAUUGUUGAAAAAAGUCAGCGUACUUCGUGAGCUUUUAAUGAAAUCAAAGCUGCAAUAUUUCGGAUGUGUGCCCUUGCCAUCUGAAGAGAAAUUUAUCAAUAAUAUCAAACAAGCUAUCAGUGACAAACACGAAGCUUUCUUAAAUUUAUACAACGCACAAAUAACGGCCAACGAAAGCUCAAUUCUCAAGGAACAAUGCGAAAAAGAACUUAAAAAUCUCGAGCAGGUUUUAAAAUCAAAUUUCACUAACCUUGAGACGGUUAGGGAACUUUUGAGCGGCCAUCAGGAUAAAAAAUCGUCAGAAUUUAACGAGAUUAAAUAUAGGCGCCAAUGUGCCCUGAAAGAGACUCAACUGCAACACAUUUUUGAUCGUGUGAAAAUACAAGAUGAACAAAUAAUUAAAUUAGAGGAGGAGUUAUUUACUUUACAUACAAAUUUCUCGUUCGAUUUGGAGCCCGAAAUUACGAUUGAUCACAAAGAAACGACCAAUAACAUGCAGUUGAGUAAAGAAAUCGCAGUCAAGGAUCAGACUAUUGAGGAGCUUAAAAACAAGAUAAAUGAAUAUGAAUUGUCUUUAACUACGCUGAAAAAACAACUCGCGGAUAAACAAAGCCAAAUUACGUUUUACGAAAGGCAUAUUAUGGAGUUGCAGAGCAAAAAGGAAGCGCCUGAAACGAUUGAUUUGAAUAAAAAUGAAGAAAUUUUAACCCUCAAGUGUUCGCUCAAAACCUUUCAGGACAGCCUGAAAGAGAAGGAAGAGGACAUUUUGCGUUACCAGUCAUUGCUGAAGGAAGAUCGCGAUAAACACAGCAUGGCAGCAUCUCUAAUGAGAGACGAGCUAAAGGUGCUGCAAAAGUGCCUGACCGAGGAGAGGCAGAAAGUUGCCGAAUUGAAAUCAGCCGUGAACGGUGUACAUCCCGGUAAAGCAGCUUUGGAGCAGUAUUUCCUUCAGGUGCAGUCCCUGGAGGACGAAUUAGGCGAUUUACGCACCCAGGUUUCCAGUUUGGAGUCCCAAUUACAGGCCAGCCGACAGGAGGCCGUCAGAUGGCGCGUUCUCGCUAACGAUAGACUAGAAACAAUGCAAAAGCUCGGCCAGGACUUGGAGGAUUUGCAUCGUAAUGAAAUAAUGGCGUACAAAAACGAGGCGGAAAAAUGGAGGGAGGAAGUCACGACCCUAAAACAAAUGAUCAGCAAGUACAGAAGUGAAAUGGGACACGAUUUCGAUUUUCAGAAGCUGCUUAAAGAAAAAGAUGAUAAAAUACACGAGCUGAAUGUAAUAUUGCGGCACGCCAAAGUAAGCGAGGCGAGGAAAAACGUCGAGAAAUUUGAUUCGGAAUCGUCUAGCAAAGUCAGCGAACUUGAGUCAACCAAAGAGCAAUUAUUGAAAGAACAUGAAGCUAUUAAGAAAAGAUUCGAUCAAUUGUUACUCCGUGAAAGAACCGCGCGGGAAGAAAUUCGCGAGUUAAAAGGAAAACUCUUGAAGAAACCAAUUUUGUCCGCACGCAGCGACAAGAGCGAGAAAUCAAUUAAAGAGCAACUUCAAAAGAAAGUCACUUCAUUAGAAAACGAGAUUGUCGAAUUAAAGGAUAAAUUAGCAACGCAAAUCUCCGUUAACGAAGGCCACCGCGUCAAAAUUGCGCAAAAUUUCGAACGCUGGAACAAGCAAAAACACUUUCAACAGCUAGCCGAGAAACUGAAAAACAAAUUAAAGGCGAAAGAGGCAGACUUUGAAAAACUGCAAGAGACUUGCGCCGGCUACAGAAUCCUGAUCGAGCGUCUGGAAAGAGAAAAAUAUAAUCUCGAGAAUAAAAUAAGAAGCAUGAAAAGCGGCACCGCUCAACAUAUCAAUCAUGAAAUUGAAAUGUUAAAACUCGAAAACAUGAAACUGAUUUCGGAGAAUGAAGCGCUCGCUUCGAAACUCGAAAUGCAGCAACACCAUGCGGGCGGCUUAGGCGCGGCAAUGCUGCAGGAGAAGCUCGAAGGACAGGAGAGGAAAAUCGCGAUUUUGGAAUUAUCUUCAAAGGGCAGUGUGGAGGUUCGUGCGGAAUUAGAACGCCUCCAGAAUACAAUAUCGACCUUACAAAAGAACAAUCUCUGCUUGGAAGCGGAAAAUUUGGAAUUGAAACUAGAUCUCGAAAAGUCCACAAAGGAGUUACCUCAUUUGCGCGAACAAAUUCAGCAUUUGGAAAACUACAUCGAGGUAUUAAAGAAGGAAAACGUGGAAAGUAUCACUUCAGACGUGGCUUUGAAUCCAAAAAGCGACAUUAAAAAAAUAACAGAACUGGAGCGAACUAUAUUUGUUUUGAAACGAGUGGUGGAAAAGCUUCAAGCAGAAAAUAAGAGGUUGUUGACCGGAAAACGUUUUUAUCCUGAUCGUGCGGGUUGUGGUGAUAAGUUGAAACGGGACCAUCAAAGGCUAAAAGAACAAUAUUGUGAGAGUAUUCAAAAGGUCGCCAAGUUGGAAGAAGAGGUUAAAGCUUUGAAAGCAAACAAACCUGUUAGUGAUAGUGCAACAGUUUUAUCAGAUGAACUGGCCCAAGUAAAGGAACAAUUGGAACAGAAGACACAGUUGUUAAACAAAGUUAAAGUUUUAUUGCAAAGAGCGGCAGUAAAGGAAAAAGCAUUAUUGCAAGAGUUAGACGAGUUGAAACUGCAAGUUAGGAAAACAGAGAGUCCUGGAAGCGAGCAAGCUUAACUAUAAGAACCAAUUUUACGUUUAUAUAAGUUUUAUUACACGACUUUUUCUAAAUAAAUAUAUGCACAAUUA